AUGGCAUUUGUGAUAUCAUCGAAAUUAUUUAUUGUGCUAGUCGUUUUGUUCCAGUUUUUUACGAGUUCUCAACUAAAAGAAUGUGUUUGCGCUUUAUGUCGCAUCGAUACUCUUCCAGACAAUUGCACUGAAAUUGAUGGUCACAUUCAAAUCGGUCUCGAAUCGGAAAUGCCGCCAUUUGAGCUAAUCGAGUUCAAAUUGAAAAAGUUGGCAAAACUAACGGGAUGUCUUUUGAUUGCCAAUUCCGGAUUGACAUCGCUCAAAUUUUUAUCGAAUCUGCGAACUGUGAUCUAUGCGCAAACUGGCAAUUCCGAAACGUGUUCCGUUUAUGGAAAUGCAAUUACAUUGGCAAAGAACAAUUUGCUCCGCAGGUUAUAUUUGGAUAGUUUGGAAGAAAUUGACGUCACACGCGGAGCCGAUUAUGGCUUGUAUAUUUCAUUGAAUCCAUCGUUAUGCAUUACCGAGAAAGAAGUUGAAAUUUUCUUCAAUACCAGUCGAUUUUAUGCUCCGCAUAUGAAUAUUUGCGAUCCAACAAGAAUGUAUUGCGCGUUGGACACGCAAGGAUUCUUCGACGACACCAACAUUCAAGAAGGCUGUCAGGUGCUUACUGACUCGCUUGUCUUGAAUGGUUCCACUCCUAAUACCAGCGAGCAAUUCCAAAACCGAUUAAAUGAUAUCGAGCAAAUAUUUGGAUCAAUAAUCGUGCUCAACACAAAGUUGACGUCUUUGAAAUUUCCAAAACUUUGGAGAAUUUAUAAUUUUCAACCAACACUUCCUGCAAUUCUACUACAAAAAAAUAUGAAUAUUUCGCAGGUGGAAUUCAAUUCGUUGAAGAGCGUUCCAUUUCUUGGCGAUCAUCGUGAGAUUCUAUACGCUUACCAGAAUCCAAAACUCGUCAAUAUUUCAUGGGACACAUGCAAUAAAUUAUUGGACAUUGGGUUCGUGACCAUUGAAGGAAACGGGACGACGUGUGGUCAGAGUUCAACGCGAUCUUGCAAAUAA